AUGGUCGCACCCAACGAGUCGCUCAGCGAGCGCAGCGUGCUCAUCACCGGCGCCUCGAGCGGCAUCGGCGCCGCAACAGCCGUGGCGCUGUGCACGCGCAACGCGCCGCAGGCGCUGGCGCUGCACUACAACUCCAACACCGCCGGCGCCGAAGCCACGGCCAAGCAGUGCCGUGAGGCCGCUCCAGGCACGCGCAUCGAGACGUUCCAGGCCGACAUGGGCGACGAGCAGGCCGUGCAGCGCCUCUACGACGAGGUGCGCAAGGCAUUCGGCCGCGUCGACGCCAUGUUCGUCAACGCGGGCAACAACGGCGGGGCUCAUCUCGGGCCACAGGGCGACAUCGAGAAUUUGAGCGUCGCGCAGUUCCGCAAGACCUGGGAGGUCAACACGCUCGCGCCCUUCAUUCUGACUCGCGCGGCGCUCGGCGAGAUGGCACAGCAAGCACAGCGCAAGUGGGGCCGCAUCGUGUACUGCAGCUCCGUCGCGGCUCUCACUGGCGGCGUGGUGGGUCCUCACUACGCCUCCUCCAAGUCGGCGCUGCAUGGCAUGCUGCGCUGGACGGCCACGCGGCACGCCAAGGACGGCAUCACCUGCAACGCCGUCGCGCCGGCGCUGAUCGACCAGACGGGCAUGAUCGACUCGUCCAAGAUGGACGCCUCGACGAAGAGCUCGCUGGAGGGCAACAUCCCUAUCGGCCGCCUGGGCCGCGUGGAGGAGUGCGUCGAUGUGAUCUUGCUGCUGCUCACCAACGCCUAUAUCUCGAAUAAGGUCUGGGCCGUCGAUGGUGGAUGGACGAUGCAGUAG